AUGGCGAACAAGUACACGAUUGGUUGGAUAUGUGCCGUUGUAACGGAAUAUGUUGCAGCCCGAGCUCUAUUGGACCAGAUUCAUGAUGGACCGGACACCCAAGCCCCAAAUGACAGCAAUAUCUACACCUUGGGAGAGAUAGGAAAGCACAAUGUUGUUGUCGCCGUACUGCCAGACGGAGAGUAUGGGACGUCUUCUGCCGCCAGCGUUGCCAAAGACAUGCUACGCACUUUCACGAACAUUAGAAUCGCCUUGAUGGUGGGCAUCGGUGGCGGCGCCCCGAGCGCAGCAAAUGACAUCCGUCUUGGUGACAUCGUCGUCAGCUCCCCUAGGAAUGGGAUAGGUGGUGUAAUCCAGUACGACUUUGGGAAGUCGAUCCAAGAGCAAGGCUUUUGUCGAACGGGAAUCUUGAACCAACCCCCCGCCCUGGUACGAACGGCAGUUACCGCGCUCAGAGCAGAGUAUAUUAGCGAUGGCCACAAUCUUCAGGAUGUUGUUAACUCAGUCCUCGAGAAGAAACCAAGACUAAGAAGAUCAUACGCCCGACCUGACCCAACUUCUGAUAUACUAUAUCGUCCUGCAUAUCUUCAUCAUGAUGGAAUAUGCUGUACAAUGGAUGAUGCCAAUGAUGAAACUAAGGUUAUCGCAAGGCGGCCUAGAGACGACGACGACGAUGCGUUGGUUGUUCACUACGGGCUUAUAGCUUCAGGCAAUGCAUUGAUAAAAGAUGCUUCCAUCAGAGAUAAACUCGCAGCAGAGACUGGUGUUCUGUGCUUUGAAAUGGAGGCAGCGGGGCUGAUGAAUCAGUGCCCAUUCCUUGUUGUUCGAGGUAUAUGCGACUACUCUGACACGCACAAGAACAAAUCGUGGCAGGGCUACGCGGCAAUGGCGGCGGCGGCAUACGCAAAAGCAUUGUUAUAUCGUAUACCCGCCAGCAAGGUAGAUUGUGAAAGCAGAAUCACAGAGAUGGCCACUGCUCAUCGAAAAGAGGUUGACGAAAUCCUUGAAUGGUUAACACCGAUCGACUACGGGCCACUCCAGAGCGACAUAAUUAAGCUUCGACAACCCGGAACUGGCCAGUGGUUUCUUGAUACCAAAGAGUAUCGGACAUGGGCGAGCGGCAACGGCCGCACAUUGUAUUGUCCAGGCAUUCCUGGAGCAGGAAAGACAAUGAUUGCCUCCAUAGUAGUCGAAGAUAUUCUGCGUUUAUGCCGGGAUGAUCGUACCCUGGGCGUUGCCUUCAUAUUCUGCAACUUUCAGCGCAACGAGCAACAAACAACGGAGAUGCUACUGUGUAGUCUUCUCAAACAGCUGGUGGGUUUGCUUCCCACACCUCCCCAGCAGCUGGAUGAGCUUCACGAAACCCAUCGAAAAUUAAGGACAAGGCCCUCAGUUCCAGAGCUAUCUGGACUGGUCCAGAUUGCACUAGGAAGCUUCUCUCGUGCCUUUGUCAUUGUUGACGCUUUGGAUGAAUGCCAUAAUUCCGAUGUCUCUCGCGAUCGAUUCCUGAAUGCAAUCCUUGACAUGCAGGCCUCGAUAGGAGUGAAUAUUUUCUUGACGUCUCGUGCCAUUCCCGAAAUCGAAAAGGUUUUGUGUGAAGUGAGAGGCUCUAUCAAGCUCGAGAUUGUUGCUCAACAAGACGACCUGCAAAAAUAUAUACUUGGGCGCAUAUCGGAAAUGCCACAAUUCAUCAGAGACGAGCCAGCUCUACGAGACGAACUUGUCAUGGAGAUAUCUUCGUCUGUCAAGGGAAUGUAUGUUCUGAUAUACACCUGGUUUCUUCCCAACAUUGGCUUACUUUGGCUCAAUAUUAGGUUUCUUCUCACAAAACUUCAGCUCGACUUGCUCAAGGAGACGACAUCUAUUAGAGACGUCCGCUCGUCCAUAAAAUGCACAUCCACAAAUGGACUAGGACUCUAUGACAGCGCCUACGAGAUCGCUCUGCAGAGGAUCGAAAACCAGUCCCCUCAGGUGUCAGAUUUGGCAAAGCGAGUCAUUUUAUGGAUCACGCACUCAUUAAUGCAGCUUUCAGAGACUGAGUUACGAUAUGCUCUAUCAGUGAGACCAAGCAGUCUUUCCUUUGACAAGGAUGACCUAGUGCAAAUCGACUUUAUUUCCAUCUGUGCCGGGCUGGUGGUGGUAGAUGUAAACAGUAGCGUUAUACGUCUUGUCCAUUUCACCGCCUACGAAUUUUUCGAACGAAUGGCACUAAGCCGCCAAGGGCACAGAAUUCUCGCGGGUACAUGCAUUACAUACCUCUCAUAUAAGGAGUUUGAGGAUGAGUUAUCGCCUGACAACGCGAGCUAUCAGAGGUGGUUACAGUCGAACCCACUUUAUAAAUACGCCGCGCUAAAAUGGGGGUUUCAUGUCUUAUUAUCAGAGGGCCAGACUCGGACAGCACUAAGCUUUACUGAAGAAAGGGCAUUGGGGCUCCUCAGAAAUCGGAAACUGAUUGAAUCUGCCGGCCAUACGCUCAUGAUACACGCUUAUUCAAGUUCGGAUGAUUAUGCACAAUUGAUCAAUGCACCUGAAAGGCCGAACGCGUUACACAUCGCGGCAUAUUUCGGGCUUGAGAAGCUGCUCUCUGAACUAUUCAAAGACUAUGCAGUCCAGGAAACAAAUGCCGAUGGCAAGACAGAAGUCUCUCGGACAGCAAACAUGGACCAAGACGCUAUCAGGCUAGGCCUGAUUUACAGAUCCCAAAUUUUGGAAGUUACUGAUCAACUUGGCCAAACACCGCUCUGCUGGGCAUCCAUGAUCCAUAGAGAGGGCGCUAUGCGGCUUCUUGUCGCACUGGGGGCAUCACUGGAAGCUGUUGAUAGAUGUGGCCUUACUCUGCUCACAUAUGCAACGCUAGGACAGAAGCAUAAUACUAUAAGGCUUCUUGUUGAGCUCGGGGCAUCACUGGAAGCUGUUGAUAGACAUGGCCAUACUCCGCUCACACGUGCAACGCUAGGACAGCAGCAUAAUACUAUAAGGCUUCUUGUUGAGCUCGGGGCCUCCCUAGAAGCUGUUGAUGAAAAUGGCUAUACUCCGCUCUUAAUGGUAACAAUACGGCAGAACCAUGAUACUAUAAGGCUUCUGGUUGAGCUCGGGGCCUCCCUAGAAGCUGUUGAUAGAAUUGGCUGUACUCCGCUCUUAAAGGCAAUAUCAGGGGGGGAGUAUAAUACUAUAAGGCUUCUUAUUGAGCUCGGGGCCUUUCUAGAAGCUGUUGAUAGAACUGGCUGUACUCCGCUCUUAAUGGCAAUAUUAGGGGGGCAGUAUGAUACUAUAAGGCUUCUUGUUGAGUUCGGGGCCUCUCUAGAUACUAUUGAUAAGGGCGGUAGAACAGCCCUUCAUCAUGCAGUACUCGCAGGCCAAGAAGCCCUAGUACAACUUCUUGUUGACCAGGGUGCCUCAAUUGAUGCUCCUGAUAAGCGCGGUAGAACAGCCCUUCACUAUGCAGCAGUUGCAGCUCCAGAAGCCCUUGUGCAGCUUCUUGUUGAUCAGGGUGCAUCAGUUGACGCUAAUGAUGAAGGCGGGAACACUCCAAUUGACUAUGCAAUAAAAACGGACAACAAGGCUAUCGUGCAGCUUCUCACUAGCUCGGGCCCUUCAGCCAAGUCUGGUGAUGAUAAUCUUAGAUAG